AUGGCAGCACGUCUUCUAGACAAGGACGGAGGGUAUGUGACGCUCUCAAACUUGUUGCUGCAACGAUGGGCUAUUCUACCCCGCCUUGAUGAGAUGCCCCGAGAAAGUCAGUUUGCGAAUCGAAUUGUCCACAGAGCGUCUCUCGAUGGUCUCUUAGACAGAUACAGACAGUCCCAGGGUUAG